UUUAAGGUGAACUGCCCGUAAGUUGUAUGUUACUUAAGAGUUAUACAAAUUACAUAACAUUUUCAAGACAAGUGUGUUUUAUAAAAACAAACCCUUUGGCAAUCCAGUACCAAUAAUAUGAUUUUUUAAAGUUUACAUUUACAAAAAAAGUACGUUAAAUUUAUUUUGCAACAAUCUGGAAAAAAAUCAAUUUAUCACUGGUGGCCAAAUUCUGUUUAAAAAUUCGUCAGUUUUGUUUUAUUGAAAAAAAAUUAAAAGUUUAAUUCAACAAUAGAGAAAAAUGUAAAGGAAGUAUGAAUUAAGGAAGUAAAGAAAUAUUAUGACUAAAUGCAAUGUAUGAGAAAAAACCCAUAUCCCAUCAACGAACCGGAAACUCUACUACACAGAGCGGCGGGCAUAAAGCAGUUGGCCUCGUUCUGUAGUUAUGGCCACAACUGUGUUCACCACUACCUUUCCUUUGGAAAAUAUUACUUCAUCAUUUAACGAUAUCGAGCUACCUACUUCAAUACUAGUCUGUACCUAUGUGAGCUGCUCCCUCUCCAUUUGUGGCGCAAUAACAAUUUUUGUGACGUACUGCACUGUUCCCCAAGCAAAGAAUCAAACUCGCCGCUUGCUUCUAUACCUAACCAUCGCAGACCUUCUGACGUCAUCGGGGAAUCUUUUGGGCGCCAUACGAUAUUCCGUCAGACACCGACAUCAUCGAUUUCUUACGGAUGAAGACAUCCUAGAACACUGCCAUCACCCAGGCAACAUCUGCACCGUACAGAGUCUGAUCACCACAUUCUCAUCGCUUGCCUCGUUUUCAUGGACCAUUAUCAUUGGACUUCAUAUUCUACUUACUCUUGUUUACCAGUCGGAAUGGUGCAUGACGACAAUAUCAAAGGUCCUUGCCCACUGUGUUUCUUGGGGAUUACCAUUUAUAAUCACCAUGGUGGGUGCCUUUAAGAAUGUAUUUGGAGAGGACCUGUCUAUCAGCAGUGGUCCCUGGUGCUGGAUCAGAGGCUGCCUAAAGAAUAUGGAAAUAGUGAAAUGGAUGACAAUCACGGGAAAGGGCUGGGAAAUUGCUACUUACAUCGUCACAGCUUUCCUUUACAUCUAUCUCAAAUACUACAUGAUUAAGAGGCGCCGGCGAGAGCAUGCCCCUGAUCUGCGAUACAGUCAAAUCUCGAUGCAUCUUCGAGAUGACGACGAGAACUACGUCCUUCUGUGGUUCGUUCUCUAUCUUCUCCGAAUCUGGGGUACUGCUAGAUACGGAAUUUUUGUUUUUAGGGUAAUCCAUGGAAAAGAUGUGUACAAUUUUGACGAGACGGACAUGGUGCUGAUGCAUUUACAGAGUAUCGGGGACAGCGCUCAGGCUUUUUGUAACUGUCUUCUCUUCUGUGUCAAGGAUACAACUGUCCGACGUGGAAUUUGGAGAAAUUUGUGUUGGAGAGAAAGAGAUCGACAGCUGAGAGACUACAAUCAAAUACAUUAAGGAGUAAAAGCAAACUGCAGAAAGCAAUUUGAUGUCCUUGUGUGUUCAAUUAUAUACCACAAAACUUUACCAAUAAUUGAUAACAAUCAGUGUAACUAUAAGAUGAACAUAUUUCAUCAAAAAUGAAUUUUCUAUUUGAAAUGAAUUAAGUGUAUAUCAAAAUAUAUAGUGUUGUUUAAAAUUUAAUGUGGUUCAUGAACAUUUUUUGAAAAGCAUAAAUAAUAAUAUGGUAAUUGAUGAUUAAGUAAUUGAUACAAUGCAGAGAGAGAGAGAGAGAGAGAGAGAGAGAGAGAGAGAGAGAGAGAGAGAGAGAGAGAGAGAGAGAGAGAGAGAGAGAGCUAUAACAAUAUAUUCGAUACAAAUGAAUCUAUUGAAUAUAUCAUUCUUUAUUUAGAACUCACUUAUUUUAAGAUUCAACAUUAGAACAAAAUUAUAAUGAUACUAGUUAUAGGUAGCUCGCGCUCCUAAAAAAAACUUCCCACAAAAAUAACCGGUGUUACAUGAGAAGGAUGAGUUUUACAGAUUCUCAUAAGAUUUGUUUGAUACAAUAAAAUAUAUAAAUGUA